AUGUUCUUCGUCAAAACCCUCGAAGAACGCCUCCCGCUCCACCCCUCUUACUUCGGCGCCCAAUCCCAACAAUACAUCAUCGACCAACUCUACCAGCGCAAUGAGGGCAAAAACACCGGCACCAUGAUGAUCAUCGCUAUCAUCGAUGUUCUGGAUGUCAGUGAGCCCAAGAUCAUGCCUGGGACAGGCAUGGCGAUGUAUGAUAUCAGUUAUCGGGCGAUUAUCUGGCGGCCGUUUCGUGGAGAGGUGGUGGAUGGGCUGGUGAGUAGUGUGGUUUCGGGCGGGUUUUUCGUGGAUGUGGGCGGUUUGAGUUGUUUUGUCAGUCGGCAGAUGAUCCCUGCGCAACUGAAGUACACGGUCGAAGGGUCUACUCCCUCCUUCACGGACAACGUGGAUCAGACCAUCGAGCGGGGUACACAAGUGCGGCUGCGUAUCAAGGGUAUGCGUAGCGAGAUGGGCCAGAUGUACGCCAUCGGCAGCAUCAAGGAGGACUACCUAGGGUUUGUUUACACCCUGUGGCCAAAUUACUGGGACCUACUAACCUUUGACUUCAGACCCCUGAUGCAAUAA